GCUCGUUUCCGGUUGCAGCGCUCCUCAUUUGAAAAGUCUUCGGUUAGAUCCGGAGGCUCGCUGCUCGCCAUUGUUAAAACACUCUACGCAAUGUUGCCAAAAGGGAAACUUGGAGGAGAAUAACUAAAGUUUUGAACCAGGAAUCCACAAAUAACAUCGGGCCUUCUUGUUUUGAGGAGUUUCUAUCAUGGCUCAGCGUGUGUUGGUGUCGGAUGGAGCACACAAGAAGACGUCCAGGGUUCGGGUAGCGGUUCGUCUGAGGCCCUAUAUGGGCAAUGAAGACGAGAAAGGAGAGGGGUCAUGUGUGAGAGGCCUGGACUCACAGAACCUGGAGAUAAUCAACUGGAGAAAUGCUACAGAAACUGUCAAAUACCAUUUUGACGCUUUUCAUGGUGAGCAAACGACACAGCAGGAAGUUUUUCGCUCAUCAGUGAAGCCCACUCUACCACACAUACUGAAUGGACAAAAUGCCAGUGUCUUCGCCUAUGGACCUACAGGAGCUGGUAAGACCCACACCAUGAUGGGCAGCUCAGAUCAGCCAGGCGUGAUCCCACGAGCCGUUCGCGAGGUCUUCAAGCUGGUCAAAGCGAAAGGUGAAGAGGAAGGAUGGGACUACAGCAUUGGCAUGUCUUAUUUGGAAAUUUACAAUGAGAAGGUGAAAGAUCUUCUGUCGCCAAGCUCCCAGGAUUUACCAAUCAGAGAGGACAAGGACAAGAACAUCCUCAUCCCCGGCCUCACUCACACAACCAUCUCCUCCUUCUCAGAUUUUGACAAACAAUUUGUCCCUGCCAGCCUCAAUCGUACCACAGCUUCUACCAAACUAAACCAGCGCUCCAGCCGCAGCCACGCAGUCCUCCUCCUCAAGGUUGUACGUACUCAGCGCGCCCUACCCCACAGACAACAGACCGGAAAGCUGUACUUGAUAGACCUCGCAGGGUCCGAGGACAACCGUCGCACCGGCAACCAGGGCAUCCGCCUGAAGGAGAGCGGCGCCAUCAACCUGUCACUCUUCACUCUCAACAAGGUCGUGGACUCUCUUAACUCGGGCACCGCUGUCCGCGUGCCGUACAGAGACAGCAAACUGACACGGCUGCUACAGGAUUCUCUGGGCGGCUCGGCACACUCUGUCAUGAUCACCAAUAUCGCACCAGAGUACAAAUACUACUUUGAUACGUUUAGCGCGCUCAACUUUGCCUCCAAAUCCAAGCUCAUUGUGAACAAGCCCUUCACCUGUGAAACUGUGGCCGUGCCUGUGCUGCCAGCAAAGCGGACCAGAGAAGACCACGAGGCAGGGGGGUCUGGCACCGAGCCACAGAAGAAGAAGCAGAAAGACGCGAGGAAGGCUGAACAGGAUGCUUCCUCCCCGUCUGCACAGUGCCACAGUCCGUCAGAACCGUCAGUGAUGGAAAGACUAAUAGCUCUGGAGAAGCUGAUGAUGAACUGCCAGGACAAAGAUAAACUCGGCAUGCUUAAAGAUGUGGCUCAGUCACGCAAGGAGAUCCAGGAGCUUAAAGAGAAGCAGAGGGAGUUUGAGAGCAAGGCCAAGCUGUUCAAUCGGUUGGCUGGAGAAAAAUCCAGCAGCAAACAUGAGCCUGCCUUCAAGAACAGCACGGCUCCUCUGCAAAGAAAACCAUCAACUGCAACAAAAGCCAAUAGGCAGCAGGCCGUGGUCCAGCCCUUACAAGUGUCCCAGCUCCAGCCUCUUCAGCAGCUUGCUGUCGUCAAAAAACAGUCCGUCUGCGUCAAGAAGAAAGAGGGAAAGCUUUCAGACCAGGUUGAGUUUCCAGAUGGUAAAGAGAACAUAAUGGUGAACAGCUGCUGGGAGUCCCAAAUCGACAAAUCUGUGCUGGAGCAUUCCAGACAGAAAAUCCUGCACGUUCUCAAUACCGGCUCGCUCAAAGAGCUGAAGGGUCUGCAGCAGAUCGGCGACAAGAAGGGAAAGCUCAUCCUGGGCUGGAGGGAGAUCCACGGUCAUUUCGUAAAGUUGGAAGAUGUGAUAAAAGUUGAGGGUAUGACAGGAAAGAGAUUUUCCUCCUUCAUGAAGGCAAACAUCCUGAGUGCCAUGGGAAAGUGAUUUUUUUUUCUUUCUUUUUUUGAAAAUGGUUAUAUUAUAUCCUUGUUUAAUGUAUAUCAGAAUCUUUUAUUGGUCAUGUAUGCUUUUUUUUUUAGAUGUUUUUGUAGUUACUACUGUGUCCCAGCUGGUGGCAGCACUCAAGCUUUUUAAUAAAUGGCUCACGUGUCACUGAA